CCGUUCUUCAGAUCGUAACGAGUAAUGCUACUCUUUGUUAAGUAAAGUGGUGAGAAAUCUUGCUAUAAAACAAGAUUUGUUUGAUAAAAUUGUCGUUAUCACCACACCUGCUGAUAUUUGCUCUUGUAAGUUAAAUAUCUGGUAAUAGUGUGCUUGUAGGACUACUUAUUUCGUAGUUCGCUAACGGUAACGCUAGCGUGUUAGCUGCCGAGACAACAGCUGCAGUUCGGGAGGAUGUCGCUUCACGGCAAAAGAAAAGAAAUCUACAAAUACGAGGCGCCAUGGACGGUGUACGCGAUGAACUGGAGCGUACGCCCGGACAAACGCUUUCGGCUGGCACUUGGGAGCUUCGUGGAGGAAUACAACAACAAGGUUCAGCUGGUGGGUCUGGAGGAGGAGAGCUCAGAGUUCGUCUGCAGGAACACAUUUGAUCACCCUUACCCCACCACCAAGAUCAUGUGGAUUCCAGACACGAAGGGGGUGUACCCGGACCUGCUGGCCACCAGUGGGGAUUACCUGCGCAUUUGGAGGGUCAGUGACACAGAAACUCGUCUUGAAUGUUUGCUGAAUAACAACAAGAACUCAGACUUCUGUGCUCCUCUCACCUCCUUUGACUGGAAUGAAGUUGAUCCCAACCUGCUGGGCACUUCCAGCAUUGACACCACUUGCACGAUCUGGGGGUUGGAGACUGGUCAGGUGUUAGGACGGGUGAACCUGGUGUCUGGACAUGUGAAGACCCAGCUGAUUGCUCAUGACAAAGAGGUGUACGACAUCGCGUUCAGCCGUGCAGGAGGUGGAAGAGAUAUGUUUGCCUCUGUGGGAGCCGAUGGAUCCGUCCGCAUGUUUGACCUCCGGCACCUGGAGCACAGCACCAUCAUCUACGAAGACCCCCAGCACCACCCGCUGCUGCGCCUCUGCUGGAACAAGCAGGACCCCAACUACUUGGCCACAAUGGCCAUGGACGGCAUGGAGGUGGUCAUCCUGGAUGUACGUGUGCCCUGCACUCCGGUGGCUCGGCUGAACAACCAUCGCGCUUGUGUCAACGGCAUCGCCUGGGCCCCUCACUCCUCAUGUCACAUCUGCACUGCAGCCGACGACCAUCAGGCUCUGAUCUGGGACAUCCAACAGAUGCCACGGGCCAUUGAGGAUCCCAUCCUGGCCUACACCGCCGAAGGGGAGAUCAACAACGUGCAGUGGGCCUCCACGCAGCCGGACUGGAUCGCCAUCUGCUACAACAACUGCCUGGAGAUCCUGCGCGUCUAAAGCCACGAACACUUAGAUGAAGAAGAGGAGCGCUGUUUCAGAUUUGGACUUGAGUUUUGGUCCUCAGCCCACUGCUUUCAGGACGAGGACGAGGUCACGAGCGAACUUUCUGACCGUGUUUGGAGUAUCACACACCUACUCCACAAUAACCUGGUUUACAUUUCCUCCCACCUCUUUCCUCCAUUGUUCUUCUAUUAAACGUGUUUAAGCUCUUAUUUAUUUUGCUCACAAGGUAGUGUUCGGCAUCUGCACAGCUGCUGUAAGAAGCUCUGAACGAUGAGCAGUUGUCUAUGAAAAUCAGAUUUUUAUACUUCUUGGUGUGAUUUCAGCCAGCUGUGAGAUUAUCAUGAAGGGUUUAGAUGUUGUGUGUUUCAUCUGUUUGAUUUGUAAAGGUUGAUACAAACUGCUGUAGGUGGCCACAGGUGACCUCUCUGAUGCGUAGGAAUAUGUCGUAGCCUUCUUGUGGACUCAGAUCAGUUCAUUACAGUCUCUUUGAAGCAGUCAGAUUUUUCAAAUGGGUGUGUUUCCAGUAUCCUCUCUCCAAAUGAUCGUAGUAUUGAGGCUCCAACUUGUGACCCGUGCAUUUUUUAUUUUCAGUUUUUUUUUUUGUAAAAUAACCUGAGAGUCACUGCAGUGGUGUCUGUCAUCAUAUAGUGUGUUUCAGUUUGGCUGGUGACGCUGUGAGGCAGCCAUGUACAGCAACACUCAGAGGCUUCCAGAGCAAUGUCCUUCAGCCUUUUUAACUUCCUACUUAUUCUCUUCUUCUUCUUCCUUCUUUCUUUGUAGAAGAUUGUGCUCGGAAAGCUGCGUUUUCUUUGUGUUAGAGUGAGUUGUGAAUUGGGAGGAGAGUGAAACAACUUCCUGUCUGUGUCUGCCUCUCUUUCUGUUUUUCAAUAAUUAAAGGGUCAUGUCCUUGUAGCAUGCCAUUACAAGGCAAAAUGUAUAUACAUAUAAAUAUAUCAACUUCAGAUGUUGGUAAGCCAAGUGUUCAUGUUGUAGCUUUUUCAUAAAGUUUAUUAUUGAAUUUGCUCUAAUAAAUUGUAUUCCUCCAUGUCCUAGGAACAAACUUGUCAAUUUAUUGCUU